AUGCGGAUGUCCACCUUCCACGACGCGCAUUACCUGCACUCAACGUCCAUCACGACAUGUCCACGUCGGCACCUUCCACCAGAGAUAUGGUUCAUCAUCUUUGACUUUGCGACUUUCGUACCACAUUGCUUCGAUGCCGGCGUGCCCGAUCCCUUCAACUGUCCACGUAGAUUGGGAGUCGGUGACGAUACUUUCAUGCUCGAUCUACGCGGCGAUUUGCGCGCAACACACAGAGCCCUAAGGUCCAAGCGCGCGAUCUCCCGCGUUUGCAGGACCUGGCACGAUCUCAUGACCCCGCUUCUCUACGAAGCCGUGUCCGUUGUUCGAGAUUCCGAUAUACUCUCUCUGGCGCAACUGCUCAAGCCAAAGGAUGUUGAAGAACUUCAAUCAGGUCUGGGGAAAUACACCCGACGCCUAGACAUCUCCCUGCCGCACAUAUCGGUGGAACAGGAACCUGCUUUGCAGGAGCUCAUAUGUCAAUUGCCCAAGCUGGAGGUCUACGUGCUACGCGCCUGCUCGGACUCGAACGAUGGUCAUUAUAUGACUUUACGUCUUAUAGAGGCGCUCGCCGCUACUUGCAUCGGCACUCUACGCAGCGUGAUAUGGACUAUCACCAUCAGAAUCAAACAAUUCCUACCGGCAAGCAUUCAACAUGUGUACAAUCUAGUCGAUGAUGCACCGAAUCUGAGAGCGCUCCUGCUCCCACCCAUCUUCGUGUUGAAAGCGCGAAAGUACCUCAUGUUCACAGAGGCUCAAUCCCAUACUUGCCGCUCAUUCAUCUCCCCCGUCGCCGAUUCUCGAGGCGAUGUCGAUAUCAUUGAGGACCAUCCGAGUUACGCCUACGCACCCCUGGCAUCAGGCCAUCCAACGCUCGCGGGAGAUACGGCGUACGUGCUGUAUCCGAUGCGCUUCCGCAGCGAGUACAUCGAGCGCUUGACGGAGAUACGAAAGGUCGUUCUGUACUGUCGACAUAGCGGAGAGUUCGCAGACUACGUGACGACAGGCCACCGCCUCGUUCUUCCCAAAGAUGCGACACAUAUCGGACUACACUUCGGCUUCACGCAGGCUCCGAAUUCCGUAUACCGAGCGAUUCGGAAGUUCCUGCGGGACGUCACCGAGAUGGGAUACCACCCUCAGGCCGUGCGCCUUUUGGACGAGAAGAUCGUGAGCGACUUGACGUGCAAGCACAAGGCAGAGCUGCGUCGAAUGGUUGAAGAGGAGAGGCCGUUCCGAGUUGAGGAUCAUGUAGGGAAACCAUUGAGGAUAAUAGAUUAG